GCAAGGUAGGGAUACAGACUUCAGGGUCCUACGUACUCCUUGCAUAUGUACACAGAUGCAAGCACAUGCUGAGUUCACACACUCAAAUUUAAGUUAGUGUUACAGCUAUUAACUGAACCCAGCAAUAGUCCUGCUGUUAAAUAACCUUGUACUUUAAGAGAAGGCACUACAAGUAGGAGUCUUCAACCACUGUUUAUAAUAAAUCCAUCAGGAAAAGCAUCACAGUCAUGAAUGGGCCAGUGGAUGGCAUAUGUGACCACACGCUGGACGAUGAAGGGGCUUUCAUGUUCACAUCGGAGUCAGUGGGAGAAGGACAUCCAGAUAAAAUCUGUGAUCAAAUCAGCGAUGCUGUACUAGACGCCCAUCUGAAGCAGGACCCAAAUGCCAAGGUUGCUUGUGAGACAGUAUGCAAGACAGGAAUGGUGUUGCUCUGUGGGGAGAUCACAUCUCGUGCUAUUGUGGAUUAUCAACGAGUUGUCCGAGAUGCAAUUAGACAUAUUGGCUAUGAUGAUUCAGCUAAAGGCUUUGACUACAAGACUUGUAAUGUUUUAGUGGCUCUGGAACAGCAGUCACCUGAUAUUGCCCAAGGUGUUCAUCUACAUAGGAAUGAAGAGGAUGUUGGUGCUGGAGAUCAGGGUUUGAUGUUUGGUUAUGCAACAGAUGAGACAGAAGAAUGUAUGCCUCUAACAAUUAUUCUUGCUCACAAACUGAAUGCCAAAUUAGCAGAGCUGAGGCGUAGUGGAGAACUUCCUUGGCUGAGGCCUGACUCUAAGACACAGGUUACAGUUCAGUAUAUCCAGGAGAAUGGAGCAGUCAUCCCAGUGCGUGUUCACACUAUCGUGAUAUCCGUGCAGCAUGAUGAAACCAUUUCACUGGAGAAUAUGCGCAGAAGCCUGAGGGAUCGUGUUAUCAAAGCUGUUGUCCCUGCAAAAUACUUGGAUGAGAAAACUAUUUAUCACCUUCAACCUAGUGGACGUUUUGUUAUUGGAGGGCCUCAGGGUGAUGCUGGAGUUACUGGUAGAAAGAUCAUUGUGGACACUUACGGCGGCUGGGGAGCCCAUGGAGGUGGUGCCUUUUCUGGCAAAGACUAUACAAAGGUGGACCGAUCAGCUGCGUAUGCAGCCCGUUGGGUGGCUAAAUCUCUUGUGAAAGCUGGGCUCUGUCGCCGUGUUCUGGUUCAGGUUUCUUAUGCUAUUGGAGUUGCUCAUCCAUUGUCCAUUUCACUGUUUACUUACGGAACUUCCAAAAAAACAGAGAAAGAGCUACUGGACAUUGUGCACAAAAACUUUGAUCUUCGGCCUGGAGUCAUUGUCAGGGAUUUGGACCUAAAAAAGCCCAUGUACCAGAAGACUGCAUGCUAUGGUCACUUUGGAAGAAAUGAAUUCUCAUGGGAGGUGCCUAAAAAACUUGUGUUUUGACACUAGCUAUCACCCUUUAAAAACAGAAAGAAAGAGAACUGCACUAAUGAUGAUGAUGCUUACAAAAAUCAAAUUUAACAGCUUUGUAGUCAAGAAACAGAAUUUUAGAUUCUAAAUGAAAAGAAAGGAAGGAAUCCAUCUUCUUGGAAAUUGAUUUUUAACUCUCAGUGUCUUUCAUUAUGUAAGAUAUAGAGGACAGAGUCUGGUGUUUUGGUGUUUGUUUGUUUUUUUAAUGAGCACAAAACAACAAAAUACAAUUUACCUUUUAUUGCUGCUCUUUUUGUUCUUUUCAUAAAGUCAAAGUAUGACUCAGGUCUGCAAACCAAUCACUGAACCUCAAAUCUUUCAUGGGUAAAGGCAAAGAUGACUUUCCCGGCUCUGACUGAAGAUCAGCAGAUCUCAUCCUUCUAAUUAAAGAAUGGGAAAUUCUGGGGUCCGAUUUCCUUACUGGAGUUGGUUAGCAUUACGUACAACUGGGGGUUGCUUUGAUGGGAAGAGGGUGAAUAUCACAUCACUGUAUCUUGGCCUGUUGUGUAGAAGAUAGUAACAGAUAAGUAAUAUUUAAAUCACCUUCACUGUGUAUGAGCUGUUACUGUUGUGUUUCAUUUACCUGUGGUUUUUUGAAACGUGUUCUAUAAAAGAACAGUCAUAAAAUAAAACGUUUUUUCCUA